ACAGCAAACAUGUUAGCAUCUGUUUACACGUCCAACAAGUACGGAGCAACAUUACGAUUCAUUUGGAGAUGUGUUUGUGUCCACCUGAUGAGUCUAUGUUCAAUAUUCACUCUGCUUCUGUCUCUGGGUUGGUUGAACAUGUUAACUAGGUGGUUAACUUUCACAGCUUUUCUGGCUGGCUCAGCCAAUCCAGAAAGAGCAGCUCUUGGUCAGGGCUCCGUGACUGUCACACCGACCUGCAGGAUCAAAGGUCAUCCAGAGGUGGAGCUGACGUUAAACUGUGGAGAUGGAAAGAAAGCAGGUGUGGUUGAGUACUGGCACACCCCCUUUGGAGACUUCCACACCCCCAGUUUCCACAAUAAACUGGACCCUGUCUUUAUGCACCAUGAUGGGAGCCUGGUGAUCCCCAACACCAGCCGUCUCCACGGCGGUUUUUACUACUGCCUCCAGCAGCACACAGAGGGAACCACACUGUGGCCGUACGAGCUCCAUGUUGGUCCCGACGAUCAAAAGAACCAAGAACACGGCGGAUAUGAGGAAGGCAGCAGCUGUGAUGCGUUAAGGUUCAGGAGGGAUGUUGGGUCUGAGGAGGAGGAGCAGGGAGGCGUUUCAGAUGAGCAGUUUGCAGCAGCUGUGGCAGCGUCGGUGCUGCUGACGUUUGUGCUGGGCUUCAGCGCCGGAGCUCUGAGCAGGACUCAUGUUCUCAGGUGUCUAGGGACAGUCGCUAAGAGGUUGCAAUCACCACGGCGACAACAAUGCCAAACUGACAUGUCGGACCAUGGCGAUGACGUCACCAUGACAACCCUGCCAUCCAUGUACGACAACCAGGCCUUUCAGUUGGAACCGGUGAGGGAUGACGACUCUGCACAUCGUGUAACCACGGAGACGAUGAUUUCGUCCGUGACCUCGUCUCCCCCCGCAAAACCUCAGAGAAGCUUCCGGCACAAACGAGAGGAGGAGCGGGAGACCACUGCUUAUCUGGAGGGAGGUGACCACAUGAAGGAGGAGGAGAAAAGGUUGGAGGUGGAGGAGGAGGAGGAAAAGAAUAAAGGGUGUGAUGGGGAGGCAGAGGAAGAGGAGGGAGGUUUCUAUCUAUUAGAAGAAGAUAGAGGGAGUGAAACCGAAACAGAUGAGGACAAGUGUAGUGACGACGGAGAGGAGAAAGAUGGGAGAAAAGAGAACAGGGAGGAAAAGAAGGAAUGGAGAAGGGAGGAAGAGGUGGAGGAGGCAGGUGAGCAGGUGAACAGGAGCAAUGAGAAUGAAGAGGAGAGGAGAAGCAGUGAGGAGGAGGCAGCCACAGGUAACAAGGAGAAACGGAGAGAUGAGAAGAUGAGGGAGGAAGGAUGGAGGGGGGAGGAGGAGGAGGGAGGAGAUGAUGGAGAAAAGAAGAGAAGUGAGGAAGAUGAAGAGACAGACAUUAGCAGAGACGAUGAGGCGGGCAGGAAGAACCAAGAGGACACGAUGAAGAACGGUAUCAAAGGAGGAGGAGGAGGAGGAGAACCAUCAUCCUCGCUGCCUCGCCCGGGCCGUAGAAGCCGCGUCAUUCGCCUCUAUCAGUACAACGAGGACGGCCAGCGGUAUUGCCACCUUCCAGACCCCGCCCCCAGUGACACAGGCCCCGCCCCCAGGCUCAAACAACGCACCCUCUCUCUGACACGCCUCAACGCCAUCAUGGCCGCCGCCUCGGCUGGGCCGCUGGACGCUUCUCAAAAUAAAAGAGAAACGGAAGGGGAGGAGAGAGAGGAGAGGCCACACUUCCACAUGGAGAUAUAAUGCAUCAGAGGGUGGACAAAAUAAUGAAAACAUUAUGUCAGCUGAUCCAGUGGUUUUGAUGAUUGUAGCCCAACAAGUGUAAAUUAUUAAAUAUUCCCUCAACAAAUGUAUUAAGACAUAAAAAUAC